UUUCCUUGCAUCCGGUGCAGGUUGGCUGUGUUUUUUUGGCUAUGAGCUCCCAGAAAGGCAACGUGGCUCGUUCCAGGCCUCAGAAGCACCAGAAUACGUUUAGCUUCAAAAAUGACAAGUUCGAUAAGAGUGUUCAAACCAAGAAAAUUAAUGCAAAACUUCAUGAUGGAGUAUGUCAGCGCUGUAAAGAAGUUCUUGAAUGGCGUGUAAAAUACAGCAAAUACAAACCAUUAUCAAAACCUAAAAAAUGUGUUAAAUGUUUACAAAAGACAGUGAAAGAUUCUUAUCACAUAAUGUGUAGACCAUGUGCCUAUGAGCUUGAAGUUUGUGCAAAAUGUGGAAAGAAAGAAGACAUUGUUAUUCCGUUUAAUAAAGAAUCAGAAAAAACAGAAAAUAUUGGAAAUAAUGAAAGUUCCAAUCAUAGAAGAAGCUGCAGAAGAAAUGAAGAAAGCGAUGAUGACUUAGACUUUGAUAUCGAUUUAGAGGACUCAGAAGAUAACAAUCAACUGAAUUAAUAUGACUAUAUUAUGAGUCUUUUUGAGAGUAUGAAACUCUGACCAUCACAAAAAAUACUGUAAAAUCCUACUGAUCAAGUCAAAAAAUCUAUAAAAAAAUAGGCAGAAUUUAUACAUGAACAACAUACUGUAUAUAAUAUUUGAAUAAUUAUAAAACUUUCAGCCAGAGUUUUCUUAUAACAAAUUUUUAAGUAGCAUAUGCUAGAAUAUCUGCCUAAAUGAAUAUUGGGGUAUCAUACUGCAAUUCGUGGGAGUUAUUUAGAGGAAUAUAUUAUCUAAUACCAAACUAAACAAGAUUGAGAAUUGAUAGUCAUAGAAGAACUAUCUCAGGUAAAAUAAGAUGACAUUAUUAUAUUGCUAGCCACAAAAAUUGGUCCUCAGUAAGUAUGUUUUGAUAGAGUAUGCUCAAGUAUUAACAACUCACAUAGCAAAAAUCCCCUUACAUUGGCUUAUUUAAAGCAAAAGCAGUUUAUUUUUUAUAAUAAUGUUUAGCAA